UCGUGUCAGAGCUAUAUACUCCUAAGUACAAUUUAACUAUUUUGUAGUCUCUCUGUUUCAUUCUGUCAUUCGUUGCCCCAUUUAACGAGGGCUGGCUCUGGAGCUGAAGAAAGCUCUGAAACAGUGAAACUAUACACAUACACCUAGAAAAUGGAAGAAGGGUUGUUGGUGAAAGAGAGAGAAGUGAAGAGGGAAAGGCUGACAUGGGGUGUUAUAGGCCAAGAAGCGAAGAGACUUUGCUACAUAGCAGGACCUAUGGCGGCUGUGACUCUAUCCCAGUUCUUGCUCCCGAUGAUAUCUUUGAUGAUGGUUGGGCACUUGGGUGAACUCUCACUUUCUAGCUCCUCCAUAGCCAUUUCCUUUUGCAAUGUUAUUGGCUUCAGCGUUCUUUUAGGAAUGGCAAGUGCACUGGAAACUCUAUGUGGGCAAGCCUAUGGAGCUCAGCAAUAUAAAAAACUUGGAACUCAGACAUAUACAGCAAUAUUUUGUCUUCUCAUUGUUUGUAUCCCACUCUCAAUCAUAUGGAUAUACUUGGGACGGAUACUCAUUUUGGUUGGACAAGAUCCUCUGAUUUCACAUGAAGCUGGAACAUUUGCUACAUGGCUUAUUCCUGCUCUCUUUGGCUAUGCAACUCUUCAGCCACUUAUUCGAUUCUUUCAAAUGCAAAGUCUGACCUUUCCCAUGUUCAUAAUUUCCUGCAUCACAAUUGUUUUCCACACAGUUCUUUCUUGGGUGCUUGUCUAUAAGUCUGGAUUGCAGAACCAUGGAGCUGCAUUAGCUAUGGACGUUUCAAUGUGGUUCAAUGUUAUUAUCCUUGGUUUGUACAUGAGCUACUGUUCCUCCUGUGCACAAACCCGUGCUCCAAUUUCAAUGGAGAUGUUUCAUGGUGUGAAAGAAUUUUUCCGCUUUGCUAUUCCGUCUGCUGUCAUGAUUUGCCUUGAAUGGUGGUCAUAUGAGCUUAUGAUUUUGUCGUCUGGCCUUCUGCCAAAUCCGGAGCUUGAAACUUCAGUCCUGUCUGUAUGCCUCAGUACCAUUUCGACACUCUAUUCAAUACCAUAUGGACUUUCUGCUGCUGUAAGCACCAGAGUGUCAAAUGAGUUAGGAGCAGGAAACUCAGAAGGCGCUCGAAUUCCUGUAAUUUGUGCCGUAAUCCUUGCCUUCACAGAGAUGAUAAUAGUGAAUACAGCCCUUUUUGCUAGCCGGCACGUAUUUGGCUAUGUCCUUAGCGGUGACAAGGAAGUUGUGGAUUAUGUCACAAUUAUGGCUCCUCUUGUUUGUCUAUCUGUUGUAAUGGACAGUUUCCAAGGAACCCUUUCAGGUGUUGCUAGAGGAUGUGGCUGGCAGCAUAUAGGAGCCUAUAUCAAUCUUGCAUCAUUUUAUCUAGUUGGAAUUCCUAUUGCUCUUGCAUUAGGAUUUGUCGCAAAGUUAGAAGGGAAAGGUCUAUGGAUUGGAAUCCUAUCCGGUGCCACUGUGCAAACUCUACUGCUAUCCAUAGUAACAGCUUGCACAAAUUGGGAAAAACAGGCAAUAAAGGCGAAAGAGAGGCUGUUCCAGGAAAAAAUUCCGGCUGAAGAUGGACCAAUUUGAUGACAGGAUAUCUACUCCUGCUAAUUGAGAAUAGGUUUAUCUGGACCAUUGUACCGUUACUGUUUAAGGAUAAUUUUUGUUAGGAAUAAUGACUCGGUAGAAGUGUUGAGACAAAAUUAUCAAGCAGGGACUAUCAUUAAGGUUUGCCAUUUGAAAUAAGCGAGUCCAAACAUAAGCUUCUCCAUCUAGCGUUUCCAGUGUACUUCCCAUUCCUUACUAUCAAAAUAUUGUUAGAACA